UUGUUUCUAGUUGAAAAAAUCAUGGGUUAUGGUUCUCAGAUUCUUCACAUGAUUUUCAUCAUAUUCCUGUUUAUAUCUUUAGGCAGCUCCCACAUUUUGAUUGCUGAUGCUUUAAUGGAUGCAGCAGAGGAGUUGGAAGUUCGUGGCCUACAGCAGAUUUAUUUCAUGGAGGAAAGUGGGGGCAAUCAGAACAAAAUUGAGAAAGUUUCAGGACAGGAUGAGAAUGAACAAAAGGAAGCUUUGAUUGUGCAAAAGUUUAGAGCCUUACUUGGACUGAAGAGUACCAAAAGAAGAAGAAUUCCAUUAAAUGGUGCUGCUGGAUAUUUCUCACCAUCUCCCUCUCCAUCACCAAGCGUUGAAGCUGAGAUUUUCGUUCCAGCUCCUGCUCCUGCUCCUGCUCCAUCAUCGCCAAUGCUGGCUCAUUUCCAUCAUCCACCACCUCGAUCAAGCAACAUGCCACCACCUGACAAGAUUCACAAUGAAAACACAGAUAAAGGAAGAGUUAAAAGAAUCCUGGUUCCAGUCCUUGUGUCUGGAGGAGCUGCCUUUUUAGCUUGUCUUCUUGGGCUCAUCUGUUUCUGUGGCAAAAUCAGAAAGAAUAGGAAGAAAUCAACAAAAACAAUUUUCAGAUACAACAAAAAAGGAAGAAUUAGAGGCAAAUCCAAGUAUAAAAGUUCUCAAAAUUCAUCAAGCAAGGUGAGCUUAAAUCCUGGCUUAGAUCUCUUUUAUCUUAAUUCCUUAGGAGUGGACUUAGAGCAGCAACCAGCUUCUUUGAAACAAAGAGCUGAAACUGAGAAAACAUCACCAAAUCAUAGCACUCCAAAUUAUGCAUUAGAUAAGAGGGAGGAAUCAAAUAGAGAAAUUGCUAUACAAGAAUAUGACAAUGCUAGCAGUUCUUCAACAAGGGAAAUUAUGUCAGUUCAUGAGGAUGUAGAAUCAGCAAGAUAUGAUUCUGAUGUUGGUAACUGCUCACCUUCUGAUAAAAUAAUUCCUAUUGAAUGUCAUUCAUCUGAUGAUGAAUCUUUUCAUUCUUUUCUUGAUUCGAAUUCAUCAAAUGUUCGGAUUUCCAAUGCUUCAGCUGGUAGUCUUAGUGAUAGAUCAGAAAUUCCUCUAAAUGAAACAAAGAUAUCAUCAUCUCCUCAGCAUUCUUUUGCACCUCCAUCCAUGUCCAUAGCAAUGUCAGGACACAACACAACAACUUUACAGCCUCAAUCUCCAUGUAGCCGCCAGGAUUCUCCUGAUUGUCAAAAGAAUUUCACACCCUCACCCUCACCCUCACCCCCACAACCUCCACCUCCACCUCCUCUGCCCCCAGUUUUGCGUAUUUCUCCUUUAAAUUCUUCUUCAUCUGCAACAACUAGAGCAAGAUUCAAAUCUUCAACUUCUUCUGCAUUGCUUAAUAUAACACCUGCUAGGAAUUCAGAUGCCUCUUCGGGAUCAAACCAAAACCAAGCAAACCCAUGUGACGUCCCAUUUUCACCUCAUAAACCUUGUAAACCUUUGCCAAGUCCACCUGGUAUUCCUCCACCACCAUGUCCGCCUCUAUUUCUGAAAGGAAACAAUAACCCCGUCAAAGGUCCACCACCUCCACCAGCCCAACUUCCACAAUACACACCACUGGGCAAAGAUGGUGCUCCAUUGGCAAAAUUGAAGCCACUUCACUGGGACAAAGUCAGAGCUGCACCAGAUCGCUCUAUGGUAUGGGAUAAGCUGCGGUCAAACUCAUUCGAAUUGGAUGAGGAAAUGAUGGAGUCACUUUUCGGAUACAACAUACAAAAUUCAAUGAAGAAUGAUGAAACAAAAAGCAAAACCCCUUCUCCAAGCCAGCAUGUACUUGAGCCCAAGAGAUUGCAGAACAUAACCAUUCUUUUAAAAGCACUGAAUGUGACAGCUGAGCAAGCAUGCAAUGCAUUGAUGAAAGGAAAUGGUUUGGUUUUACAACAACUAGAAGCAUUAGUGAAAAUGGUACCCACCAAGGAAGAAGAGGCUAAGCUUUCUAGCUACAAAAGAGAUAUCAAUGAAUUGGGGUCUGCUGAGAAGUUUGUUAAAGUACUUCUAAGCGUUCCAUUCGCCUUCUUACGUGCUGAAGCUAUGCUUUUCCGAGAAACUUUUGAGGAUGAGGUGAUUCAUCUUAAAAACUCAUUUUCAAUGCUGGAGGAAGCCUGCAAGGAACUCAGAUCAAGCAGGCUCUUCUUAAAGUUACUUGAAGCAGUACUCAAAACAGGCAACCGAAUGAAUGUUGGAACAAUUAGAGGAGGGGCUAGAGCAUUCAAGCUUGAUGCCCUCCUUAAGCUUGCGGAUGUGAAAGGAACCGAUGGGAAGACUACGUUGCUCCAUUUUGUUGUCCAAGAGAUUAUUCGCUCCGAAGGUAUAAAAGUGUCUGACAGCAUUAUGGGGAAGAUCAACCAGAGAAACAAGAGCUGCAGAACAGCUGAAGAAAAGGAAGAAGAUUAUAGAAGAAUGGGACUAGACCUUGUUUCUGGUUUAAGUACUGAACUCUACCAUGUCAAGAAGACAGCUACACUUGACCUGGAUGUUCUUGCAAGUUCUGUCUCGAACCUGUCAGAUGGCAAGGCUAAACUGCAACAUCUAGUCCGUAAGGAGCUAUCAACAGACGAAAAAAGUGGGAAUUUCAUUCGUUCAAUGAAUUCCUUCCUGAACUAUGCGGAGAAGAAUCUAAAGGAGCUACAAGAAGAUGAACAUAGAGUCCUAUUACAUGUCAAAGAAAUCACAGAAUAUUUCCAUGGAGAUGUGAGCAAACUAGAUGAAGCUAAUCCACUUGGGAUAUUUGUGAUUGUAAGAGACUUUUUGGGAAUGUUAGAUAAUGUUUGUAAAGAGCUUAGAAACUUGAAAGUCCCACGUAGUCCUAGCCCUCUGGCUCCAUUUCGAUAG